CAGCCGCUCCCCCAUUGGCUUCCGCCGCGCCUCGCGCCGCUGAUUGGCCGAGACGCGGCGGCGACGCGCUGCGAUUGGCCGACGUUGCCGUCAAUCCCGGCGGAGCCCCCGGAGCGCCCGCCCCCGCGGUUAUCAGGUUAGUGCGCGCCGCGGUGCUGCGCUCGGGCUUCCGAGCGGCGCUGGGCGAGCCCGAGUCCCUCCGCGCCCCGCGAUCGGGGGGCUCUGCACGGGGUCACUGCGCCAGCCGAGCCGCGCACCCUCCGCGCCUCCCGCCAGCCACGGACAUGGACAUGAAGAAAAGGAUCCACUUAGAGCUGCGGAACAGGACGCCCUCAGAUGUGAAAGAGCUCGUUCUGGACAACUGCCGGUCGUACGAAGGGAAAAUCGAGGGCCUCACGGAUGAGUUUGAGGAGCUGGAAUUCCUCAGCACAAUCAACGUCGGCUUAACCUCAGUCGCAAACUUACCAAAGUUAAACAAACUUAAGAAGCUCGAGCUGAGCGACAACAGAAUCUCAGGAGGCCUGGAAGUGUUGGCAGAGAAGUGUCCGAACCUCACGCACCUAAACCUAAGCGGCAACAAAAUUAAAGAUCUCGGGACAAUAGAACCUCUGAAAAAGUUGGAAAACCUGAAGAGCUUAGACCUGUUCAACUGCGAGGUGACCAACCUGAACGACUACCGGGAAAACGUGUUCAAGCUGCUGCCGCAGCUCACCUACCUGGACGGAUAUGACCGCGACGACAAGGAGGCGCCCGACUCCGACGCCGAGGGAUACGUGGAGGGGCUGGAGGAGGAGGAGGAGGAGGAGGAUGUUUUAUCCCUAGUGAAAGAGCGGGAUGAGAAGGAAGCGCCGGAUUCCGACGCCGAGGGCUACGUGGAGGGGCUGGACGACGAGGAGGAGGAUGAGGAUGAGGAGGAAUACGAUGACGACGCUCAGGUAGUGGAGGAUGAGGAGGAUGAGGAGGAGGAGGAGGAAGGGGAGGAGGAGGAUGUGAGCGGAGAGGAGGAGGAGGACGAGGAAGGCUACAACGACGGCGAGGUGGACGACGAGGAGGACGAGGAGGAGCCCGAGGAAGAGCGGGGCCAGAAGAGGAAACGAGAGCCGGAGGAUGAGGGGGACGAGGACGACUGAGCGGCUUUUCCCCGGAAAAACAAAAUUCCCUCUUGUGAUUUGACUGUUUUUAUCCCGGAAUUCCCCCUUUUCCCACUCCCGACCCUUUGGAUUUUCCUUUUCUUUUCCUGGUUUUUUUUUUUUGGUUUUUUUUUCCGGAUUGUAACGUUGCCGUGGGAACCGAGCGGGAGCAGCCGGGGUGGGAAGGGAAUAAAAUCCUAUUUUUACUGCCGCUCCUCCUCCGAUUCUUUGGGAAUUUUUAUUUUUUAUUUUUAUUUUUAUUUUUGCUUUUCCCUCGGAUCCUUUUCCUUGAAUCCCUGGAACCUGCGAGAUUCCGGUGGGAAAUCCAGCCGGGAAUUCUCGGAGCGGAGCUCGGACGUCUCGGAAGCGAAACCAGGAGAGAAAACCCAGCCGAAAUCCACGGAGCAGCCGGGAUUUUCCCGCCUCCGCCAUUCCCAAAUCCGCGUUUUUUUUCGGGAAUGGCUCCUCCCUGGGGUGGCCAUGCUGCCUUGCUCCAUGGUUUUUUUUUUUUUGGGAAUGCUGCCAUUUCCAGCCCCUUUUCCCAACUUUGGGAAUUCCCUCUUUGUAAAUAGCGACCAAACCUUGGGGUUGUUUAUUGGUUUUUUUGGGAAUGUCGGAUUUUUCGGGAUGGCGAUCCCUGCGUGUUGUGUGUUCCCGGUUUUCCUUUCCUUUGGGAUGGGAAUUUUUGGGUUUUUAGGGAAUUUUUUUUUAUUUUAUUAUUUUUGGGGGUUU